CUUCUCUAAUCUUCCACACCAAUUCUCGCUACUCAUCCUUCACUCUUCUCCCCGCAAGAAAUGGCCAAGAAAAUAGUGUUGAAGGUGGCAGUACACGGUGACAAAAUCAAGCAGAAAGCCAUGAAGGUGGCCUCAGGCAUUUCAGGGGUGGAUUCAGUGGCAAUGGAAAUGGAGGAGAAGAAGCUGACAAUAGUGGGAGAGAUAGACGCAGUGAUGGCAGUGAAGAAGCUGAGGAAGCUGUGUCGCACAGACAUAGUUUCAGUGGGAUCCACAAAGGAAGAAGAGGCGCAGAAGAAAGAAGAAGCUGAUAGCUACUCCUGUUACCCCCAUUAUUAUCCUCCCACACCCGGCCUAUAUUGCUGCUAUUACCACAAUUAUUAAUACUACUUUCGAUCCUAAUUAUAAGAUUUUAUUUAUAGAUUAUAAACGAGGUUUUAUAAUUAAGACGAAAGAAUUAGUAACAUCCUCCUGCCUCUGUCAUCUGUUGAGGAAUUUAUUUACAAUUUUUUUUAAAAAAAAGAAAACAGAGGAAUGGUUGGUCCUACGUGGAGAGGAAC